AUGACAUAUGGCGAGCUCGAUCGAGCGUCAAAUGUCCUAGCUAGAAGGCUCCUGAGGAUCGGUAUCAGCCAGGGCUCUUAUAUUUCUCUUUUUUUUGACAAGUCCCGGUGGUAUCCAGUUUGCAUAUUUGCUUGUUCCAAAAUUGGGGCUCCGUUCUUUUCGAUCCCGCCUGAUGUGCCCCCGAGUCGCGUACAAUCUAUAAUCAGUCAGCUCAAAGAUACAAAGGGUCGAAGAAGUCGUGUAGCCUUGAGUUCCAUUCGACAAGGAGAACGGGCGGCUUCAUUUGCUCCGAUAGUGAUUCAAGUGGAUGAAGAAGCCGUAAGUGAGGACGACGGCAGCGUUCACAGCAACAUCGACCUCGAGUUUCCUCGUGUCAAGCCUACGGAUAACGUGUACGUGGUGUUCACCUCGGGAACCACUGGAAAUCCUAAGGCCAUUCCCAUCACACAUUCUGGCAUUUGCAGCUUCAUUGCAGCGUGGAUCGGCCUUCGUGGUCAUCCUGGUGGUUUGGGUGUACGUCAUAGCCAGAUCCUUUCGUACGCUUUCGAUAUGUCCUACGUCGAGACUCUGGUCUGCCUGGGAACUGGCUCAUGUCUGUGCAUUCCAUCAGAAGAGGAGCGUCUGAACGACCUUUGUGGGGCGUUGGCACGUUACCGUGUUACACAUCUUCACGCCACGCCGUCACUCUCUGAUAUCGUCGACCCUGAGAACCUACCUGUGCUCCGACACAUCCAUUUCAGCGGAGAGUGGAUGACACAUAGUCUCGCAAAUAGAUGGCUUCCAAGGAUUGACGUCCAGCUGACAUACGGCACUGCUGAGAUAACGAAUGAGUGUAGCGGCGCACGGGUAUCUCUUGAGCCGGGGUUCAGUACUGCUAAUGGCUGCAUCGGUCGGCCGUUCGGGGCGCGUAUGUAUAUCACUAAUCCCGCCAACCCGCACCUGCGACUACCACGGGGUUUUGUAGGUGAAAUACUUGUUGAAGGUCCAGGCGUUACUAAGGGCUACGUCGCAAACCAAGAGCAGACGGCCAGGGCUUUUGUCCAGGACUUGGAAUGGGCGCCACCAUUCAACGGCAGGGCUCGUCGGUUCUACCGCACUGGCGACCUUGGAUACCAGGCUGACGACGGUCUCUUUUUCUGCCGUGGGCGUAGUGACCAUCAAAUCAAGAUUCGAGGGCACCGGAUCGAGCUUUCUGAUGUCGAAAGCAACAUCAGGGCGUUGAUGCCGCAAGCAACCCGCAUCGUCGCUGACGCCAUUCUGCUAAGGGGAGGCACGAAAGCGCUGGUGGCUUUCCUGCAGUUCGAUGCAACUUUGUCGUCAAAGGAGCAGAGAACUCUCAUCAACAGUCUGAAAGAAAAACUUGUCGAGAAACUGCCCCUAGCAUUCAUACCAUCUUCAUUCGUUGUUGUCGAUCACAUUCCACUGGGUCGCACAGGAAAGGCCGACCGUAGGACGCUAAGAAACAGCAUCGUGGCUGACAGCAUGUCGGAGCUUCUCAGCAUCAAGACUUUAACGAUAACCACACGAUCCGCGAACGAAACAAAACGCAGCAAUUUUCUCAACGUGGAACCAGUAGCUGAGAGCCUCCUUGACCGUGCAUUGCCCGCAAUGCACAGCGAAAUAUUGCGCGGGUUGUGGGCGGCAGCUCUACACGUAGGUGCCGCCGAAAUCCUCCCAACGUCUAAUUUCUUUGCACUGGGCGGCGAC